AUGGACGAUACUACUAUCAUAAACAGUUCACCUGUGAGUGAUCAAAAGGGUAAGAACUCUAUGGAGAUCUGCAGCCCAACCAAGACACCAGUAGAGUCUGUCAGUAAGUACAAGACAGCGGGGAAGCAUUUAGUUCAGAAGAGCAGGGAAACUCUGGAGGAUCAUAAGUUAAACACGCAAACAAGGCUUCUAUACAAUGAGCUGUCGAAACAGAAAAACUUGUACAAGAAACACAUAGAUAACCUAGCACAGGCUAUCAAAAUAAUUAAAGCUGGAGAAAAGGAGAGCCGUGUUCUGGAAUUGAUAGAGAAAUGGAGAGGAGUUGCACAAGCGGGAAUGUCAUUUAUGCUGAAUUCUGCAAUGCUCAAGAUCACCAAGUUAGGAGGCUACGAAGAGCUGUUAAAAAAGGAGCUUGAAGCAGAAAGAAGGAAAUUGGAUUAUCAAAUAAAUGAUAAUUUGCAAGACGAUAUGGAACAAGUUUUUGAGUCUGAAGAGUUUCUGGCUUUGCCGGAGGAAAUGCAACAAGAAUAUAGAGAUCAGAUGAAUGAGCAGCUCCGAGAAGUUCAGAAUCGGAAGGACAAGGAAAUAGCCAAGCUAGAGGCUAAAAUGAAGGAAAGCGCAGGUCAGGAGAUGACUAUGCAAGAAUUAUCCAGGAGGAUAAAGAUGGAUUACAUGCUUAUAUUUCCGGAAUAG